GUUCCGAAGAUGACGUCGGAGCGUUCUCGAAUCCCGUGUCUCUCGGCUGGGGCUGCCGAAGGAACAGGGAAAAAGCAACAAGAAGGAAGAGCAAUGGCGACACUGGAUCGCAAAGUGCCCAGUCCGGAGGCGUUUCUGGGCAAACCCUGGUCCUCCUGGAUCGACGCUGCCAAAUUACACUGCUCCGACAAUGUAGAUUUAGAAGAGGCUGGAAAAGAGGGUGGAAAAAACAGGGAGGUUAUGAGGCUUAAUAAAGAAGAUAUGCACUUAUUUGGCCAUUAUCCCGCACAUGACGACUUCUACCUCGUGGUGUGCAGCGCCUGCAACCAGGUGGUCAAGCCUCAGGUUUUCCAGUCGCACUGCGAGAGAAGACACAGUUCGAUGUGUAGACCUUUUCCCUCGCCAGCGUCUCCAGCCUGCACUGCCAAGACAUCCCUAGCACAGGUGAAAACAAAAGUCUGUCUCGGCGGCCAUAACUCUGCCAGCAGCACCUCAAAGCCAUUCAAAACGCCCAAAGACAAUCCACUUACCUCCAGCAGCAAACAGCACACGGUCUUUCCUGCAAAGGGAUCGCGAGAUAAACCAUGUGUUCCGGUUCCUGUAGUCAGUUUAGAGAAAAUUCCUAACCUAGUGAAGGCAGAUGGUGCCAAUGUCAAAAUGAACUCUACAACCACUACUGCGGUCACCUCCGCCUCCACCACCUCCUCCUCCGCUGCUGUCAUCUCCACCCUACCUUUAAUUAAGCCCAUCUUGAUGUCCAAAUCCGUGCCACCUUCACCAGAGAAGAUAUUAAAUGGCAAAGGAAUUCUAUCAGCCACUGUAGACAAGAAACACCAAAAUGGCACCAAAAACAGCAACAAGCCUUACAGAAGACUUUCAGAGAGAGAAUUUGACCCAAAUAAACACUGUGGAGUAUUGGAUCCCGAGACAAAGAAACCUUGCACAAGAUCCCUCACCUGCAAGACACACUCGCUAAGCCAUCGGAGGGCAGUCCCGGGCCGGAGAAAGCAAUUUGACCUCCUCCUGGCGGAACACAAAGCCAAGUCCCGGGAAAAAGAAGUUAAAGAUAAAGAGCAUCUCCUGACUUCCACACGGGAAAUACUUCCAAACCAGUCUGGUCCGACUCAGGAUUCUCUACCAGGAUCUUCCGGGAGCUCGGGGCCAGAAGCUAAAGUCGCAUCGCCUUUAAAAUCCAAACAACCCAACUCUGUCCUGCCCAGGCCAUCCUCUGCAAACAGCAUAAGCAGCAGCGCAUCCUCAAAUCACAGCAGCCACACGCCAGAGCCCCUUGUGCCCCCAGUGGGAGGAGACCUUGCCAGCCGACUGUCCAGUGAUGAAGGGGAGAUGGACGGAGCCGAGGAAUCCGAGAAGUUUGAUUGUCAGUUCUCAACGCACCACCCCAGACCUCUUGCGUUUUGCUCAUUUGGGAGUCGCCUUAUGGGACGAGGAUACUAUGUGUUCGAUAGAAGAUGGGAUCAUUUUCGACUCGCACUCAACUCCAUGGUAGAAAAACACUUGAACUCCCAGAUGUGGAAGCACAGAAGCCCGAGCCACAGGGCGUCAGGUCCCUCCCCCCUGUUCAGGACUUGCCUAACCAAUCUGCUGUCACUGAGCAACAUUGGGGCUGCCUGGGUGUCAACUCUGGAGAGCGUAGCGCCCCGCUGCCCUCUCAACCUCGCUGCCCAAACCCCAGGCCCCGAUGGGCCCGAACCUGGAGGGAUGGCAGCCGAUGGGGGCAUGGAAGACCUUAGGAAGAAAAGGAACGGCCAAGACUCUUUUUUCUUUAACAAGCAUUUAACUCUGCAUCAGGAGACGCCAACACAGUAUUCUCUUUCAGCCAGGAAGAUCCCUCCUGCGGCCGAUAGCCCCAUGCCCUCGCCGGCAGCCCACAUCACCACCCCCGUGCCAGCAUCCGUUUUGCAGCCUUUCAGCAACCCCAGUGCUGUGUAUCUUCCUUCAGCUCCCAUCAGCUCGAGACUCACCUCUUCUUACAUAAUGACAUCAGCCAUGCUCUCAGACGCAGCUUUUGUGGCAGCCUCGCCGGACCCACGCGUCCUCAUGUCCCACACCCCAGCUUUCCCCCAUGUGGCUGCAACCCUCAGCAUCAUGGACUCAACCUUCAAGGCCCCAUCUGCCGUGUCCUCGGUGCCAGCCGUCAUCCCUUCCCCAUCCCACAAGCCAUCCAAAAUCAAAACCAGCAAAUCCUCCAAAGUCAAGGACCUGUCCACCCGUAGCGACGAGUCUCCAAGUAACAAAAAGAGGAAGCCGCAGCCUUCAACCUCCUCCUCCUCCUCCUCCUACUCCUCCUCCACCACCACCUCUGCCUCCUCCUCCUCCUCCUUGCAGGCCUCUCUCUCGUCUCCAUUGUCAGGGCCCCACAGGAAGAACUGUGUUCUGAAUGCCAGUUCGGCUUUGAACUCCUACCAGGCGACCCCUCCCUAUAACAGCCUGUCCAUGCACAGCACAAACAAUGGCGUGAGCCCACUCGGUGCCAAACUGGAGCCCUCAGGACGGACUUCGCUGCCCAGUGGCGGCCUCCCCGGCCCCGUGGACCUAGUGAGACAGGUGGGCGCCGUGGGCGGCAGCAGUGACUCCUGUCCCCUCUCUAUACCCUCCCUUGCACUCCACGCGGGGGACCUCUCUCUGGCCUCACACCAUGCCGUGUCUUCUCUGCCCCUCUCUUUUGACAAAUCAGAAGGAAAAAAGCGUAAGAACUCGAGUUCUAGUAGCAAAGGCUGUAAGAUCACUAAAAUGCCUGGUAUGAAUAGCGUUCACAAAAAGAACCCACCCGGCCUGCUGGCACCGGGACCGGAGCCCGGUAAUGGCACCUCCUCUCGGCAGGUUGGGAAAAAUAACAGCCUAGCUUUGUCACAGUCCAGUCCUUCAAGCAUAUCCAGCCCAGGACACAGCCGACCGAAGAACACAAACAGAACUGGGAGGAUAAGGACUCUUCCGUAACAAGACUUCGAAGCCACUUCCAAAUCACUCCCUGGCUUCCCUGUCGGGAGUCUCAGUAGCCCUGGCGGGAGGAGGGGCUAGCAGUGGGCAAAGGGAGACAAUCUGUUUCCCAUGCCCUGCCUGUGGCUCUGGCCUUUCUUAUCCACCUUCUUUUUCAUUUUCUUCUUCUUUUUUUUUUUAAAGCUAAGCAGUUUUGUUUUCAAAGAAAAAGGCAAAAAGGCCACAGAUGUGAUAUUUACAGCCACCAAUGCAGUGCUUUGUUUCUAGUGUCUUGCCUUCUGUUGCUACCGCACCAUCGUUUGGCUCCAGCUCAGACAGGGCAGAGUGUCACUUCCGGGCUUGCUCCAUCUGAAACUCUUGAACUUUAGCACCUGGAAAACCCCUGUGCUUCCUGGUUCCAUGCCACACCCUUCCCUUCCAGCUUCUACUUGUCACUCCCUGGGGUUUCCACUGGACAUCAGAGGGAGCUGGCUUUCACAGGUCACUCCAAGGCAGCUGAGAGCAGACAAGUGGAGGGGGGUGUGGUUGCUUCGUUAGGUCCGGAGUACAUUGUUGGGAUACCACGGAGAGUGGGCCGUUAAUGACAUGCUUGACCCAAGGACAGGGGGCUGCUGUGGGCCUGGGAAAAUGGCAGACAAGUAGAGUGUGAGAGGUAUGGAACCAUAACCUACCAAAGACAGUGAGAACUGGAUAUUUGUGUUGGAAGUCUAGCCUUGCAAAUUUCUUGCCAGGGUGCAAAGCUACGUGAGCCAGAAAGACGGAGGAAUCCCAGAAAAAUAAAACACCAUGAGAACCCAGAAAGCCACUCCCCAUGGAGGGCCUGUGGACCACCACUGCCUGAUGUCCCUUUGGCUGCUGCUCUCCAGGCUUCCCGAGGGAGCUUGAUGUAUUAAACCACUGGGGAGAAUAAAUGCCAACAAUUCCUCCCUCCCCCUGUUCACUCAAAGGGACCCCAAGAAGGAGCCAUUUGGAACAGCCCCUGCAGCUGUGGAGUGAAUCACACUGAAGUUCUUGAAAGAAACAGCAAUACUAUAAGCUCUGGCUGGAAGUGAUAACCAGGAGACAGGGACCAGCACUAUGGAACAAGUGUUCUCUGCUGUCCCCCCAGGCAUUUGGCAUGCGCUCACUGCCAUCCUUAGGUCCUAGCUGUGCGCUUGUGGCCUGGCCGGGCACAGGCCUCGUCCUCCCCCUGAAGUUCUUCUCAUUACUUCUCCACCCCACCCCCAGCCCAAAGAUGAGACUACUGUUAAGCUCCACCAUGCAAUCAGAAUCCACAAAGAUGGGAGGCCGAGGGAUGCUCUGUAUCCAUGGAAUUGUACUGACAGUGUUUCUUACCGGAUCAGUGAAAUUUUUAAUACAACAUGAAGAUUUUUCUUUUUUGAAAAUCAGGAGUUGAUAAUAACUACCAGGACAUGCAUUCAGACUCUUUCAAUUUUUAUUUCUACAGUGUUAAAAGUGCACUUAUAUGCUGGGUUAUUUACAUCUUAGGGGGAAAGAGAGAAAGACUGCAAAUUGAAGGGAUAAAUGUUACUCUUUCUUUAAGAAAAAAAUUAACCUUAAGGCAGAUUUUAAGACUUAUAAAUGUUUAAGAAAGUAUAAAUAAGUUAGACCCUUUGGAAAAAAGUUUAGAAGAUAUUCUUAAAGUAAAUUUUUAUAGUGUUAAUUUUGUAAUAAUUUAUGUUUUACUAUAUUGCAGAGCUAACUGACCAGAAUAGUUUCAGAAACAAUAUGAAACUUAGGAAAGUUUAAGCAAUGUUUCUAUUUUUAAAACAUCCUUUGGAUUAUGUUUUUAUUGUACGUUUCUCCAGACUGAAAAGUGUGUACAUAUUUUUGUUAUUUUUGCACAAUUUUUGUCUUGUUUGGUUUUAGAAAUCUUUUUUUUUAAUAAUUUAUUGUAAGUUGUGAAACUUUCAGGAGUUAAAAAAAAUCUCAGCAACAAAAUACCCUCUGAUCUACAAACUCUUUGACUCAGAGAGUGGGAGGGUGGAAGUGGCAAGAUUAAACAGCUGCUUGUAAAGGGAAAAAAAAUGCCUUGACAGGGAUGUGCGGGGAGGGUCCGUGGGGCUCAGCAUCACCUCGUCUUGCUUUGGAAACUGGAAUUGAGAGGUUCCCCCACCAAAUGCUGCUGACUUGCUGGAGAUUCUGGCCCUGGCCAAGGUGACGACAUUGCUGGAAAACCAAGCAAAAAGGGGCAGGAAGAGGCACCUUCUCGCUCUUCUUCCUCUGCCAUCCACCACAGAUUUAUGUUACAGUGAAGGAAUGAAAACUGACAGCUUGAAAUACUGAAUGCAAAUCAGAGUUUCUCUUUAGGUUUGAUUUCACGGAUUCCAACAGCCUGGCCCAGGCUGCAAAGCAUGAUGAGGAUUAGGCUUUUGGUAUUCUUUGGUGGUUCCGCACACACUCCUGCCUGCCUCAAGAUCUCCUCCAGACCAUGUUGCCAACCAUCAUGGCUCAAAAGCUCUGGUUGUUCAGCAUAACACGUGUGUGUAAACCUGUCAGCCAUAAAACAAGCAAGCAAGUAAGCAAAGACAAAAACAACAAAACAAGCGACCUGGAAAACUUGUAUGCCUUCUUUUGUAUCAAUGUACCAGUUGUAAAUAAUUCCGAUCAACCUUUGUAGAGAAUAGUUUAUACAGCAUAUUCUAUUAUGGCUGAUUCUCAGUGAACUCUUGUUUAAAAAAAAAAAAAGGAGGGGAAUAAAAGGAAAUUUUCUAUUGACACCUUAUAUUUUGUUAUGCUGUUGGCCCAUGGCACUUUAACAAAACUCUUUGGGUUUUACGUAGCUGGUCCAUCAUGGGGUAUUAUUAAAUAACUGUUGCACAGACAAAAAUUUGCACCUGUUCAUGUGUCCUUUCCUACUACCGAUUUUAGAAACUUCUCCAAAUGAAUUUUGAACAAAGCAUGUCCGAGCAUUCUAAACGCAUAGCCCCUUGCCCUCACCAAGAGGGCUUCCUUUUCUGUAACACUACGUACUGCCCUCCCUCGCCCCACACCUCUUUCUGUGUUAGCACUAUCA